UGUCCACUUUACUAAUUGGUCACAGCCAUCAUGAGUGUAAUGCAAACCUGUUCUUCAGCUGGAUCCUUGAAAGGAUUGGGAGGUGGCAGUUCUGGUGUUUCCAGAAUUUCUCAUGUUCGCUCAAGUGGAUCUUACAGAGCACCUAGUCUCCAUAGUGGUCUGGGAGUUGGUCUGGGAAGCAGAUGCUCAAGCACCUCAUUUGGCUAUGGAGGACUAGGAAAUGCAUCUUCAAGUUAUGGAGGACUAGGAAGUGCAUCUGCAGGUUAUGGAGGACUAGGAAGUGCAUCUGCUGGUUUAGGUUUCAGUUAUGGUGGUGGCAACAUUGGUGCUUACUCUGGGAUCCUAAAUGAUGGUGCCUUCAAUGUCAGCAAGAAAGAAACGAUGCAACUUCUGAAUGACCGUCUAGCUACUUAUCUGGAGAAAGUACACAACCUAGAGCAGGAAAAUACCCAGCUUGAAAGGAAAAUCCGAGAAUGGUAUGAUAAACAGGUCCCUUAUACAUCACCUGAUUUCCUUCCAUACUUCAGAACAAUUGAAGAACUUCAACAAAAGAUCUUGCAAGCUAGUACUGGGAAUGCCAACAUCCUUCUUCAGAUAGAUAAUGCGCGCCUUGCAGCCGAUGACUUCAGAACUAAGUAUGAAAAUGAGGCUGCCAUCCGCAUGGGAGUGGAAGCAGAUACCAAUGGGCUCCGCCGUGUCCUGGACGAACUGAACCUGAGCAAGAAUGACCUGGAAAUGCAACUGCAGUCACUGAAUGAAGAAUUGGCUUACCUUAAGAAAAACCAUGAAGAGGAAAUGAUGUCUCUACGCAGUCAGCUAGGAGCCAGGGUCAAUGUGGAAGUAGAUGCUGCACCAGCAGUGGAUCUAAAUAGAGUCCUGUCUGAAAUAAGAGACCAAUAUGAGAACUUAGUAGAGAAGAACAGAAAAGAAUCUGAGACCUGGUUCGUCAAUAAGAGUGAAGAGUUAAACCAGCAGGUGACCAGCAGUGCUCAACAGUUGCAGACAAUUCACACUGAGGUCAUUGAUCUUAGACAUACAGUGCAGAAUCUUGAGAUCGAGCUUCAAACCCAAAACAGCAUGAAAGCAGCAUUGGAGAACACAUUGGCAGAGACAGAAGGUCGUUAUUGUGCUCAGCUAUCUCAAAUACAAGGUUUGAUUAACAAUGUGGAAACACAGCUGGCAGAACUUCGAUCUGACCUGGAGAGGCAAAACUAUGAGUAUAGAGUUCUUAUGGAUGUGAAGAACCGUCUAGAACUGGAGAUAGCCACAUAUAGACGCCUGCUGGAUGGAGAAGAUAUUCAAAAGGGAUCAUGGUACUCCAGGGAAUUGAGCUCCGGAGGUUUAAGCCUUUCUGGUACCAGCAAACCAAAGACCAUUGUGGAAGAUACAAAAUAAAAGCCAUCCUAUUUAAGAUACAAACCAGCAUAGAAGAACAGUAUCUGGUUCACAUGAAUUUUAUAACAGCACUAAUAAGACAACAUAUAUUGUGGUUCCUUAUGUCAAUUAUGGGAUAGUAACUGGUUUUAAGAUGUCUCUUCCUAUAAAUUGCACUUUAUUAAGUCAUAACUAUGUUCAAUAGUUAGAUAAACUAGAAGUACAUGAUAUUACAAGUAGUCAUUUCAAUCAUGCAUCUAAAAAACUGAGAUUUAAAUUAAUAAAUUGGGAUUGUCCAAAUAACACAAGAAAAUAAUGAAAUCUAUCAACAAAGUUUAUAAUUAAUAAAAUAAAAAUGACUAGUUUGGGUUGCUAACUGGGCACACAUCAAAUAAAACCAGUGUCUAGGAUUAACAUCAGCAUUUGAUGGCUAAUUUAGAGGUCUCUGCUCACCUUUAAUUCACUACAAAGGGCACUUUUUUUUCUAUUGCCCCUCUUAAGAAUUUGGCUGUAUGAACCAAUAUUUUUUUUAACUUAAGGCGUAACAUAAAUGAGCAAAGGCUGGGCAUGCUUUGUAACCAAUUCUUAACAUUCACUAGGUUGAUUAGUAUUGCUGUUAUAAACUAAUAAACUAGUAGACAACAUUAAACAAACUGCUACUUGCAUUUGAACAAUACAUAUUUUUUUAUGAUUCUACCCUAAAUUGCUAAUUAUCAGUCUUAGGGCAAGUCAAUAUUGUUAAACACUCAUGUCAACAGUGCGUUUUUACAAAAUGUUUUAAUCUACUAACAAUAAAGAAAUAUUGUUUAGAUCAUUAUUCUGUGACAGAUACACAACAGUGUUUUAGAUACAUUUUCCCACUGCUUUAUGCUUAGCACACACACACACAUAUCUAUUUAAUUGCAAUAGAUGUGUCUGAUACAACUUUUUAUGACAAGACUGCAAAAUUAUCCAUUGAUGGGCCUCUUGUGAGAUGAAUGGGAACCUUUCAUAAAUGUACAAAAAAAAUGUAAAACUAUCUCCAUAAGUAAUUACCUUAAAAGAAGCCAAUCUUUUAUUUUGCAUUAUUUUCUGUCUUGCUACUUACUUUUAAAUAAUGUUACCUGCCAGUUCUUUCAAUAAAGCUCCUUAUUGCAUGCAAA